AUGUUUCAGCGUGGUUGCAAGUUUGGUGUACUAUAUCAGAAACGGUAUGAUAGACUUCAUAAAUCGAUUUAUGGAUUGUCCUAUGAUAUGUAUGCAUUAGACAUAAUAUCUCGAUUGAUGAUGAUUUACAUAAGUCUGCAGUAUAUGUUCUCACCAUUAAUAAGGAAGCAAUUGGCCAACAGAUUUCCAUUGUUUUAUCCGCUGGACGGACAGAAAGUGGUUGUAAAUUUCUUUCUCUUGAUGGCCGAAACUGGGAUGAUCUAUUUCAAUCUUAAAGUGAUGAAGCAACUUAUCAAUUACAGGAAAACUAAGCACAUACAUCAAGGGUUUUCCGUAUAUCUAUUUUGGACAUUGGCUUUAUGCAUGGUAUUCCAUGUGUUUACCCUGGCGUGCUCGACAGUGUAUUUGCCCGAAUCAGACAUGGGUAAGUUCGGUAUAUUUUAUGUUGAGCACGUAAACUAUAUUUGGGUUAAUGUUCAAUUUUUUCAAUGUGUCAAAUUUGUACCGCAAAUUUCAUUGAACUGGAUGGGAAAUUGUACUAAGGGUUUAUCAUCUAAGUUUGUUAUAAUGAGUCUGGUUUCCUCUGUAGCGGGUGUACUGAGCCUUUACGUGAAUAGUACUGAUGCGACCAAUUUUUUUUUGGUACCUUGGAACUCUUAUCCGCUAUUUGUUUUCAUAUGUCAAACGAUGUCCGUUUUGCUUAUAUUAUACCAAGCACAGUACCUCUAUAUAAAAAAUAGUCCAUAUUUACCAAAGAGGACAUAG